AUGGUUGCUCCAGCAAGCAGCGUGUUAGCCAUUACAUCGGCUACCGAGAUUGCAGAGCGAAUUGGCCAUCUAGCUAAGAUUAUUCAUCCUUGUGAGGGUGCGAAAGUACACCCGAUAUACUACCGCCUUUUCGCAGAGAAUGCAAAAUUAAGAAGAAGGAUCAAUCAAUUACGAGAUCAGCAUGGGGACAGCCUUUUCUCUUUGAUCGACCCGGCAGACGUGGAAGAUUUUUCCUUGUCGAUCCGGCUACUUGAAAGGUACCACGAGCGAUUUCGUAGGAAACACGAGGACAUCAAAGCAAUAAGCGAUAGAGGCCAGCCUUCUGAAACGACGAAAGUUAAAUUGAGAUUGCCUGCCGAGGAUUUAAACGACUUGAUGGUGAUGACGGACACUAUGGCAGCUAUGAAUGAGGCUCUGAGGGCGAUGGUGCCGGUUCAGACAACAUACGAUGGUGAUCCUCCAAUUUCCAACCUACGUCCAUCAUAUCCCUCAGGUCGCCCAGGACUUGGUAGUGAGAGGAUACAAUCCCUAUCAUCUACUACUGCGCCCGCGGAAUUGGCUGCCCAGCCACUUGCAGAUGACAUGCAGCCGGUUCCAAUCUCUAUUCGAAUAAUUUGGCAACAGGCAGUGUUAGGGUUGACCAAAAUCGCAAUAGCAAGGAAGGAGAAGCGGCUUGAAAACUCUGCUGGCAGGCUGAAGCUAUGGGGUGUGGGGUUGUUUGAGGACAGAUCCGCGCUUGACGAUGUCCUCGUGUCACGCUCCAGGAAGAAUAAUCACUUCUACCACAUCUUGGUCAGGACGUUUACGGAGAUUUUGCUUCUUGAAGAACGUGAGAUCAGAAGCAUUACAGCCGAUGAAUCAGACAUAAUUCAAAGAGGUCUUCUGCAGGUCAAAUCCGAGAUUGGAGCUUUGCUCAGCACUGAUGAACUCGUAGGAUAUGCAAUAGAGGAUUGGUCCAGUCAGCUUGCUCUGAGCCAGAAGAACACAGAGAUGGGUCAGACAGCCAGAACUAAAAUGCAUGCACAAAAUGAUGCUGAGAAGACCGACAUCGCGCUUGCGAGAGCAGUGGAAAAUCUCUUCGAUUUCUUGCCAGGAAUACGUGCCGAGCGUCAUGCUUACUGUUAUGACAAAGAAGUCAGUGGAGAACAUAGAACACAUCAGAAAGCAACUGCAGAAUCAGGUGGUACCAAUUUUCCGGUCAUACGAGAGCAAAAUGAAGAUGUACAAAGCUUUACAGCUGGCAGGGAAGAUAUCUCCCAUAAUGAAGAUGUACAAAGCUUUACAGCUAGCAGGGAAGAUAUCUCCCAUAAUGAAGAGCAGAGCGAGAUUCUGGAACCAACACUUGCGAAAGUGCAGGCCCAUUUGGAUGAGGUCAAAGAGAAAGAGAAGAGAACAGCGAAACUUGCUACCAACGAGAAAUUUGCUGGUGACUUACGAGAAGAGAAGAAAAAAGCGUACGGUACGAGAACGAUCUCGAGCACCAAUGAUAUCGACUUGAAGACCAGAGAAAUCAGAGUACAUAAUAGAUCAGAUCGACCACAAGCGUGCCCCAGACGGCUUGAUGUGGAUAAACACGCACGUUGGAAAUAG